GGCAAUGGCUGGCUGUGCCGGGAAGAGGCGGCGCCUGGCGCCAGGACGACCUGAGGCCGCGGGGCUCCGAGGGCCUCUGUGGGCGCGGGUGGGCACCCCCGCGUCUGUCACCGGCCCCCGCGCCAGGACUUGGACUCUCGCCCCUCACGGGCCGCUCCGGUGCCGCUGCCGAUGCCCCUGCCUCUGGCUCGCGCCGCCCGCCGUGAACGCGGGGCCAGGCGUUUCCUCCCGGGCCCACCCUGCGCGCGCCGUGUGGGCCUCGCGGACUCGGGGCGCCGGGACCCCGAGCGCAGGGUAGAGGCAGCCGGGCCCGGUUUCUGAGUCAGUCCCCAGGACGGCCACUCCUCCUGCCUCGGGACACCCAGCGCUUUCCUCUUCAAAGCCGUUUUCCGUGGAGUCGGGAGAUGAUUCGUUGGCGGGAGAGAGAGGAACCGGCUGGGAAAGGCUUGAGGCGGAGGGAAGUCGUCCCGGGGCCGUCGUGGUGGGAGUCCCGGCCCGCCUCGCAGGGGCGUGAACGGGGCAGGUGCCCCGGCGCUGCCUCAGUUUCCUGAGCGGUGCAGUGGGUGCUGGCAGUGCCAGCUGGCGCCGAGGAACUCAGCGGCGUGGGGCGAGCCCCGGCCCUGGUGGGCUCAGCGGGUCGCUGCUGCCACUGCGGGUCCAGCGUCCCCUCCGUAAGCCCCAAGCCUGUGAGGCCUGGGCCUGGCCGGGCGGCCCAGCGCUGCUCUGGUCCGCGGGCUCCUGGCUCCUCCCGAAUCCCUGUGAGGGCGCGCGGGGUCCUUCUCAGCGGGAGUCGGGGUUUUAGAGCUGCGGAUUCCAGGGCUGGAAAGCAGAAGGGGUUCUUCCCGGCUCCCUUUUUCUUCUCAGAUCUGCCUUCUGGAGACUGCGCCGUCCUCCCGGGAGAGCCAGAAAGAGGACAUGGCUGCUGGGCAGCGGGAAGCGAGGCCCCAGUGGCUGCACUAGGCCUGAAUCUCACUGUGUGCUGCUCAGUAUACAUUUGUUACUGGCCAAUUAUUCAUUAAAGGAAUGACCUGGAACCUUCAGAAGCUUGAAUAGUGUCACUGACAUUCGAGGACGUGGCUGUGCUCUUUACCUGGGAUGAGUGGAGAAAGCUGGCUCCUUCUCAGAGAAACUUGUACCGGGAUGUGAUGCUGGAGAACUAUAGGAACCUGGUCUCACUGGGACUCUCAUUUACCAAACCAAAAGUCAUCUCCCUGUUGCAGCAAGGAGAAGAUCCCUGGGAGGUGGAGAAAGACAGUUCUGGCGUCUCCUCUCUAGGAUGUAAGAGCACACCUAAAAUGACAAAGUCAACUCAAACUCAGGAUUCAUUUCAGGAGCAGAUAAGGAAAAGAUUGAAAAGGGAUGAACCCUGGAACUUCAUAUCAGAAAGGUCCUGCAUAAAUGAAGAGAAAUUAAAGAAACCGCAGGACAAAAAUGAAAAUUUACAAAUAAUUUCAGUUGCCCAUACAAAAAUCCUUACUGUAGAUAGAAGCCAUAAAAAUGUUGAAUUUGGCCAAAACUUCUACCUGAAAUCAGUCUUCAUUAAGCAACAGAGAUUUGCUAAAGAAAAAACUCCAUCAAAAUGUGAAAUACAAAGAAAUAGUUUCAAGCAGAAUUCAAAUUUACUUAACCAAUCAAAAAUCAAAACAGCAGAGAAACGCUAUAAAUGCAGUACAUGUGAAAAAGCCUUCAUUCACAAUUCAUCCCUUCGUAAACAUCAGAAAAACCACACUGGAGAAAAAUUAUUUAAAUGUAAAGAAUGUUUAAAAGCUUUCAGCCAAAGUUCUGCUCUUAUUCAACAUCAAAGAACUCAUACAGGAGAGAAACCCUAUAUAUGUAAAGAAUGUGGGAAAGCCUUCAGCCAUAGUGCAUCCCUUUGUAAGCAUUUAAGGACCCAUACUGUGGAGAAAUGCUAUAGAUGUAAAGAAUGUGGUAAAUCCUUCAGUCGAAGGUCUGGGCUUUUUAUACAUCAAAAAAUCCAUGCUCAAGAAAAUCCCCAUAAAUACAAUCCAGGUAGGAAGGCAUCCAGUUACAGCACAUCCCUUUCUGGAAGUCAGAAAAUUCAUCUCAGAAAGAAGUCCUACUUAUGUAAUGAAUGUGGCAACACCUUUAAGUCUAGCUCAUCCCUUCGUUAUCAUCAGAGAAUUCACACUGGAGAGAAGCCUUUUAAAUGUAGUGAAUGUGGGAGAGCCUUCAGCCAGAGUGCCUCUCUUAUUCAACAUGAAAGAAUUCACACCGGAGAAAAGCCCUAUAGAUGCAAUGAAUGUGGGAAAGGCUUUACUUCUAUUUCACGACUUAAUAGACACCGAAUCAUUCAUACUGGAGAGAAAUUGUAUAAUUGUAAUGAAUGUGGUAAAGCCUUAAGCUCCCACUCAACACUUAUUAUUCAUGAGCGAAUUCAUACUGGAGAAAAACCAUGUAAAUGUAAAGUAUGUGGAAAAGCCUUCAGACAGAGUUCCGCUCUCAUUCAACAUCAGAGAAUGCAUACUGGAGAAAGACCCUAUAAGUGUAACGAAUGUGACAAAACAUUCAGGUGUAACUCAUCGCUUAGUAAUCACCAGAGAAUUCAUACUGGAGAGAAACCAUAUCGAUGUUUAGAAUGUGGGAUGUCUUUUGGCCAAAGUGCAGCUCUUAUACAACAUCAGAGGAUUCAUACAGGAGAAAAACCCUUUAAAUGUAAUACAUGUGGAAAAACUUUUAGACAAAGCUCAUCACUUAUUGCACAUCAAAGAAUUCAUACUGGAGAGAAACCCUAUGAAUGUAAUGCAUGUGGGAAACUCUUUAGCCAGAGGUCAUCCCUUACUAAUCAUUAUAAAAUUCACAUUGAAGAGGACUCCUUAAAAGCCGAUUUGCAUGUGUGAAAGCCUUAAACCAAAACUCAUCAGAGAAUACAUGCUUGAGAGUGAUUUAUUAAAUAUAAUGAAUAUGAGAAAACUCUUAGUUCUCAUCAGAUACUAAGUUUUAAGAAUAAACUUUAGCUAUGUAAUAACUUA